AUGGUUUGUGUCCGUGCCCUUAACUUAGCCCAAGUUAAUUGGAAUUAUUUGGGUGUGCCUUCAGUUGGAUUUGUGUGCACAGUACUUCCUAUAUGAAGGCUGACUCUAAAGAAAGGUGGAUCCUUGUUGUUAGGAUUGUCAAGGGAGAAUUACGAUUCUUUCAGUGAAUAGGGAAAACUUUAAGGUCAAAAGUCAGAAAUUGUUAUAAAAGUUGAAAUUUCCCAUAGAGCCAAGUUCAAGAAUUCAUAAAAUUUGGAGAAAAUAGUCAAAUAGCAAAUUGAUCCAGGAUAUACGAAGGUGAAUUCUAUUCAACACACAUUUAUUGAGCACUUUCUAUGUAACUGGCACUGGAGUUAGAAAUAUGGGUAUGUUUUCCUCAAGGACAUCAGAGAGAGACAUUCAUAUGAAAAUUGUAGUGCUGUGUUACGUAUCCUUACAAAUGAAUCUAUGCAGUGUGAAGGAACUACUGCCCUUGCCUGGGAGAGCCAGGGAAAUCUUCACAAAGAAGAGAUACUUGAGUUGGGUGAUGAAAGAAGAGUCGGAGCUUGCAUUCUCUAACCAUGGCACAAGUAGAGAAACGGGGGGGUUUGCUCCGGAAAUCUUCAGCCUCCAAGAAACCACUGAAGGAAAAAGUGGUGCUGAUGUAUGAUGAGAUCUUCAUGACAGAAGACCCUAGUAAGUGCAGUCCUCGAUUUUGGGAGGAGCUCUUCCUCAUGAAGGUGAACUUAGAGUACCUGGAAGGCAAGCUGGAAUCUCUUGAUGGUGAGGAAUUAAUGAAGAUCAAGGACAACAUUAAUUGCUUAUUUCAGCACUGCAUCAAGGCUCUGGGAGAGGAGCAUCCAAUUCGAGUUGUCAAUGCAUUGCAGACCUUGUGUGCACUUAUUCGAGGAGUUCACCAAAAGAAUAAGUCUACCUCUGGGUUUGACAUUAUCAACAUGCUGAUGGGCUUUGACAAGGCGGAGCUGUGCAUGAAGAACUUGAUGGAGAGUUUGGAUUCAUUGCUUUGUGCAGAAGGUUCUGAAAGUCUGAAGAGUUUAUGUCUGAAACUUCUCCUUUGCUUAGUGACCGUGACAGAUAACAUCAGCCAGAACACUAUCCUGGAGUAUGUAAUGAUCAACAGCAUAUUUGAAGCAAUUUUACAGAUACUGUCCCAUCCCCCAAGUCGUAGGGAGCAUGGGUAUGAUGCUGUAGUCCUCUUGGCUUUGCUGGUGAAUUACAGAAAAUAUGAGUCUGUGAAUCCUUAUAUUGUGAAGCUGUCUAUUGUGGAUGAUGAGGCCACUCUUAAUGGAAUGGGGCUUGUGAUUGCUCAGGCUUUAUCUGAGUAUAACAGGCAGUAUAAAGACAAGGAAGAAGAACACCAAAGCGGUUUUUUCUCUGCUUUAACAAAUAUGGUGGGCAGCAUGUUCAUAGCAGAUGCCCAUGAAAAAAUCUCAGUACAAACCAAUGAAGCCAUCCUUCUGGCACUUUAUGAAGCUGUUCAUUUAAAUCGCAACUUCAUCACAGUGUUAGCCCAGAGUCAUCCAGAAAUGGGCUUGGUGACAACCCCUGUCAGUCCUGCUCCAACAGCCCCUGCCACACCACUUGGGACCACACCACCCUCCUCCGAUGUUAUAAGUUCUGUGGAACUCCCACUGGAUGCAGAUGUACAGACCAGUAAUCUACUGAUAACCUUCUUAAAGUAUAGCUCAAUUGUCAUGCAGGACACCAAAGAUGAGCACCGGCUUCACAGUGGCAAACUCUGUCUGAUCAUCCUCACAUGUAUUGCAGAGGAUCAAUAUGCCAAUGCAUUUUUGCAUGAUGACAACAUGAAUUUUCGAGUAAACUUACAUAGAAUGCCUAUGCGACACAGGAAGAAGGCUGCAGACAAGAACCUUCCCUGCCGUCCUUUAGUAUGUGCAGUACUGGACCUGAUGGUGGAAUUUAUUGUAACACACAUGAUGAAGGAGUUUCCUAUGGAUCUCUAUGUACGCUGCAUUCAAGUAGUACAUAAACUACUUUGCUACCAGAAGAAGUGUAGAGUACGCCUGCAUUACACCUGGCGGGAACUCUGGUCAGCUUUAAUAAAUUUGCUGAAGUUCCUUAUGUCAAAUGAGACCGUCCUUUUGGCCAAACACAACAUUUUUACAUUAGCCCUUAUGAUUGUGAACCUAUUUAAUAUGUUUAUCACAUAUGGUGACACAUUCCUGCCCACCCCUAGCAGCUAUGAUGAGCUCUACUAUGAGAUUAUUCGCAUGCACCAGAGCUUCGACAACCUCUACUCUAUGGUCCUGAGGCUUUCUACCAAUGCAGGCCAGUGGAAAGAAGCAGCUAGCAAGGUGACCCACGCAUUGGUUAAUAUCAGGUAAGGAAUGAAAAUUUCUCUCUUUCAGAGUUCCUUGGCUCAUCUGAGGCUUAUUGUACCUUUCUAAGUGGAAUGUGU